UUUCUCAGAGAAGGAGAGGUUUGAUUUCCCCGAUAGGGACUUCUUAAGGACACAAACAUACCGUCUUGUCCUCUGUUUUAACCCUCCCACUUCAUAAACCGCUUUAUAUUACCCUCUUCCAUCGCCCCUCUUCUCUUCAACCUUCAUCAAUUUCCCUCUCCCAAUCCAUGGCUAGAACCCCUGUUUUCUCCCGCCGGCGGAGGUCCGAUCAAAUUGACACUCGAGAUCGCUUCCCCACCUCUGAUUCCGAAGUCCAUGUUCUCGCCGUCGAUGAUAGCCUCGUCGACCGUAAAGUAAUAGAGCGGCUCCUCCGCCUCACCGCCUGCCGAGUUACUGCUGUGGAUAGUGGAAUCAGAGCUCUACAAUAUCUUGGAUUGCAAGAUGAGACGAAUUCCCAAGUGGGUUUCGAUGUAAGUGAUCCGGGAAUUGUAAAUUUGAAGUCGUUUUCUUAUGGGUUUUCGUUUAUGAACUUUUUGGGACAUGGGUUUGUGAAAAAACAGAGCUUGAAGGUGGAUAUGAUCAUUACCGACUACUGUAUGCCCGGAAUGACAGGCUACGAAUUGCUCAAGAAAAUAAAGGAAUCUUCAACUCUGCGAGAGAUUCCGGUGGUGAUUAUGUCGUCGGAAAACGUGGUGGCGAGGAUAGACAGGUGUUUAGAGGAAGGAGCAGAGGAUUUCAUAGUGAAGCCGGUGAAAUUAUCGGAUGUGAAACGGCUGAGGGAAUAUAUGGUGGGGGACGAAAAGACCGGAAGUGAAAUAAGUUGGAUGAACAAAAGAACGGUACGAGAGUCGUCGUGUGAUGAAGCCUCAUCAUCACCGUCCAUUUCAUCCGAUUCUUCUCCAUCAUCAUCAUCAUCACCGUCCAUUUCAUCCGAUUCUUCUCCAUCGUCUUCAUCACCGCCAGAUUCGGUUCAAUCCACGCCGUCCCCAUCAGAGCCGUCUUCACCGACGUCCACCCAAUCCGACGACGGAUCUAAAUGAGAACAGCAGCUCAUCAUCCCCCCUUGUUAUUAUUUUAGAAAAUUUAAACAUCUUCCUCCUCUUUGUUUCUCCCUUCCCUGUCCUGUCAGUUUUAACGGUUAUUAGUUUGAAAUCCCAGUUUUGUCACCGUUAAGUGUUGGCGUUUAGGUUACCGCCGUUAUUUUCUAAACCGCAACGCGUUGGGGUUGUCCGAUCAUUUCGGGGGACAAGGCAUGAGCCGUGAUGUACAAUUCAUAGAGUUCAAUCAUAUAAAUAUAUAUU